CUUACUAUCAAUGUGACUUGUAGGUUGAUCAUUUGAGAUAUCGUUGUCUCAGAAAUGCUACGAGUGUUGACCAAUAGUCAGCGAUUGCUGCUUUCUGCUUGGAAGCGCACCCUUUCUUCAAAGCCUCCUACAGCACCUACGUCAUCGAAUCCAACAUCAGACGUUCCCGAAGCGAGCACAGUCAACGAGGCUGAGCCAGUUGAGGAACAAGAGAAGGAGUUUGUUCCCAAGCAUACGGAAAAGUACUCUGCAGAGGCUAUCGCUCAUCUGAAACUUGACCAGUAUCCGUUCUACGUUGAACGCGAAUGGUGGAAAAAGGGAAAACGUAUGACAUUCUGGGCUACAUGGCGUCAAUUGCGAGAUGUGAGGCGGCGCGAGUUGAUACACGAAGUUGGAGCUGACCGAAUGCGGCUAAAAGCUUUAAAAUGCAACACUGUCUUACCUCAGGCUAUCAGAGAUGGUGCAGCUGAAGAGCUGUUUAAUAUGCCAAAAUACUCCAUCCCACGUCUGGUCUUGAACAUGUGCAUGUUUACUGGCCGACAGCGUGGAAAGAUAAAACCGUACCGACUAAACAGACAUCUGUUCAGGAAGCUGGCCGAUCACAGCAAACUGAGUGGAGUUCAGCGGGCUAUGUGGUAGCAUUGUAAGCAAUUGAUGGAACUAAGCAUGUCGACAAAAACUGCUUGAAUAGGGACAUAUAUCGCUCAC